CCUUCUCGCCUGCCAGUAUAAGUACGGAGCCGCCGGUUUGACUAUUGUUUCGUCGGCAACAGAGACGACUACAUUCGUCCUGUCUUGUGCUUAAAAUCAAUAGUUGCACACUCACUUGGUGAAAAUUCCCGUCUGAAGAUUAAAUUUGGCCGAGUCGAAGAAAAAAUUCAUUCUCAGUGGCAUUUAGGAGCAAUCAGCGAAGUUAUCAAGUUACCUUUUCUGAGAAUUCAAUCGUCUUCUCUGAAUAUUCAUUUGGGAACGGCCGUUGGAGGUGAAUUUGGAGGCAAUCUAACAUCAGUGUGGAAACUCGAAUCCAAGCCUCCAGUGUCCUCCGCAAGGCCUAACCCGAAAAGUGGAAAUAAUCUGCAGCAAUUUAGAAUCGCGAUAUUCAAUAAAGUCUUAAUUUAGUGAUAAGAAGCUUAAAGUGAUCUGUGAUUAUUUGUGAGAAGUUUGAAUUGUGCGAAACGUAUGGAUCUUUCCAAAAUGGGAGUUAAAGCAGAAGGAAAGUAUUUCCGCCUGGUUGAGUCUGAAGAAGAGCUGGAGGAAGUAAUGCAUUAUUUAGAGCAGUUCUUACCCGAAUCCAUUAAGUUUCAUCAAACUAUCAGAACGUACCUGAACGAUCGUAUCUGGGAUUUUUAUUUCUAUGUCACAAAGGAUUGGCCGGAAACACCAAUUUGCUUGCACUUCCCGGGAUGUACAUUGACACCAAAUGACAACAUUUACGAAAGCUUUGGAAUUUUUUGUCCGACCAAAAAUAUAGAAUGUGUUGACAUGUUGAAAGAUGAGGAUGUUCUUUUUGAUUGGAGCAAACCAAUUUGCUUGAAUUUUACACAUAUGGCCAUUAUGAAUCAAUUGGAACCAUUUAACAUUGGAAUAAGCUCAAACGAGGGGAUAGAAGGUGACAUAUACGUUUACAAUAAAUUAUCAGAGGACUUACAACUAGAGGAGUUGUCUUCCGACGACGUAGAGAUGCGUGAGUUGACCACUGACGAUGUGAAAGUCAUACACGACCUUUAUCCAGCAAAUGAAAUAGAAUGUGUUGAUUUAUUUAAGAUACUGGUGGAGAGGCUUCCUGGUGUAGGCAUUUACAAAAAGGAUACUGGAGAGAUAGUCGCUUGGAUGGUUCAUUCCUAUUAUGGAGCAAUGUUUUCCAUGCAAACAAAGCCGGAAUUCCGAAGGAAGGGUUAUGGCAUUCACCUGGCUCGAAGCCUAACGAAAAAAGUUAUUGAGCGUGGAUAUCGUCCAUUCGUUGUAAUUCGUCCAAAAAACGAGGCGUCCCGGAAUUUGUAUACCAAACUGGGUUUCGAACGAGCUUUCGAGAUAAAACGCACAUCAUUCCAACCAAAAGCUAGUGAUAACUCUAUUGAUAAUGUACAAAGUGCUGUAGCCGGAAUUUCUCUAGGAGAUUCCAACAAUGCAGACAUCGCUGAUGAUCAAACCCCAGAGAAUUCCUAAGAAUAGUCAAAAUUUGGAAUUGUUCUAGCUGAAAACCGAGAAAUUCUAAGCAUUUUACAACCAGAUUAGAAAAGGAUAUACUUCCAUAAUUUUCCACACUCAAAGGCACAAUAAGACACUUUUAGCGCCUACAUUUGUAAUUGCUAAUUGACACUCUUCAUCCUUCUGUUAGUGAUAUUAUCAGUUGUCUUUACGAAUUUUAAGCCUUGCAAUCAAUUAUUACUCUUUCAUGCUCAAGAUAAGCAAUCCAAGGAUGCAAGCGAAAGGAAAAGAUAAAAAACUGCCUUAACUUUCUGAAUUCAUUAUCAAAAACAAGAACAAUUUUUCUUCCAUCAAUUUUCGAAUGUUUAAUAAAAAUAUAUUAUUUUUCUAGUUACGAUGAAAAAAGCAAAAAAUGUGAAAAUUAUUCUUAGAUAGGCAUUUUAACAAAAAGAAACAAAAACAUUAUACCUACGCAUUGUAUACCACGUAUGCGUGAAGGUUUCGUUACGAAUUUGAGGAAGCCUUGUGAUCUUAGUUUAUGCGAAACCAAAAUGCAGAAACACAAUUAUAAAUUGUAUUUUGUAAAAACUCUGUAGACAUUGCUAUUUAAAAUGAAAAGAAUCAAAUAAAGCGCAACAAACGUUUAGACGAAA